CGAGACUUUUAAAUUCCAAACCGUUGUCUUUGGGAGAAGCUGCAGUUUUUUCAGCUCACUUCUUCCAGCGCUGCAUGUUACGUUUGUUUCGAGAAAAGGCUUAUUUUCAGCAACUAGGGUUAUUUGAGGAUGAGCUCUGUGGAGGUGAAUGAUGAAAAUCGAGAGGUGGUGCCCCUCGGAGGAAAGCACUGUGUCAUGAAUGAUGAUAUUUUUAUGGUGGCAAAUCCAACUGGAAGGCCCUCCAUCCUGCGCCAGACUGAAAACCUACCCAGCAACACUGUGCCCAAGGGCAUAAAGGUUUGUUUUCAGACUCCAAGGAGAGACCCAGUCACAAAGAGGAUUCUGUCUCCAACUAAAACAUCCAAGAUGAUGAGUGUUGAUGAAUGCACAAAAGCAAUGGAGUCAUUACAUCUGGAUAAAAAAACUGAGUCUUCAAUUCAUGAUGCAGCUGACCAACUUGUACCAAAACAAGAAAGCGAAAUGCCACUUCCAAGCAGCGAGUACAACUUGAAUUUUGAAAACCUUGAUGCUAUCAACCCUUUUCAAUCAUCCAAUAAGAUGGCUCUGUCCCCGGUGGCGCCUGCUGCUGAGACUCCCCCUGCAUUUCAUAAAGAUUUUAACAAGAGAAGCCCCAGCCUGUCUAAAACAGAGUCUGCUUUAGAUGAGACACUGCCUUUUACUCCAUCUGUGGACAACUCUCUUAAUGCGACCACAGAUGUCAGCUCCACAGACAGCAGUGUGGUGCUGGUGACCAAAGCUCCCACGGAGGAUCAACAAGAGCUUGGCACAAACAUACCAUAUGAAACUCAAGAGAAACCUUCCGUGGACUCUCCUUUGCCCACAAAAGGCUCAUACAAUUUUGAUUUUGACAACCUUGAUGCAGUAAAUCCUUUCCAGACAGGUGGUUCUAAAAUCCAAAAUUCCCCUCCGAUAUGUAAACGCUCCCCACCAGAAAAGGAUGUAUCAGCCGUGGGGCAAAUAAAUUCCACAGAGGAGGUCCUAGGGCAAGAAAUGUUGAGUCAACCUGAAGUAAAACCUGUAGCCACAGUUGCUCCCAUUUCUUCUGAUACCAGUACAUCAAGUAAACCAGAGACUCAGCCUGAUUUGACAAUGGGAAAGGAUGGCCCUGUUAAACUUGAGUUUAAUUUUGAUGACAAUUCAUCCAAGAAAGUAAAGCCACCUCCAAAAAAACUAGGAGUCAAAAAGCCACCAAGCCAGAAAACUGUCAAAGAAGUGAAAGAAGUGAAGCCUGUGCACAAAGCAGAAACACAGAAGGAGGCAGAGGGCCCCUGUGAGGAGGUCCCCAUAUCCAAAGGUGCAUACUCUUUUGAACUCAGCAAGCUGGAUGACCCAAACUUCAACCCUUUUGGCUCAAAGUCUGCAGUCUGCAAUUCCCCUAUAAGUAACGUAAAGACUAGUCCAGGUACUGCUAAAACCACCCAGGAGAAUGUCAGCGAGCCUGUACAGAAAGACACAAUCUCUUUGGAGUGCACGACUGAAGCUGGCCCUGUUUCGUCCAGCAUUGAAGAGGAUGUCCCUGUGAAGGCUGUCCGUGAAGAAAGCCUUCCUCCUGAGGCUGAACACAUGAGUUUUUCAGAGCACAAGUCACAAGGCAGCCUGAUGGAAGAGGAGUUUGUUCCGGGAACAACAUUCCUGUCUAAUGACUUUGACGGACAGAUUGACUACCUGGAACAGUUCGGGUCCAGCAGCUUUAAAGAGUCUGCAUUGAGGAAACAGUCCUUGUACCUUAAGUUUGACCCCCUUCUCAGAGACAGUCCUAAGAAGGGCCCUGGUCCAGCUGCUGUGGUCCCUGCAUCUCGACCUGCAGCACUCAUCUCACGUCUUGAAUCACCUUUGUCAGAAAAGGACAUGAGUGGUCCACAGGUUGAUGAUUUCAAACUGUUGGAUGUCGCUACUGAGCCAUGUGCCCCAGUAUUACAAAGCCCAGUACUUCCCUUACCUCCUGUCCCUCAGCCGACAAAUACAGAAGAAGCCAUAAUUGAAGUUCUGAAGUACAGCCAGAAAGACAUGGAUGCAGCAAUUGCCAGGGUCCAAGCUGAGUGGAGUUCCAAAUAUAACAAGCUACUUGACGAUGGUCAAGAAAUGCGGAAAAUAAUAGCGGAAUUUGAACUUAUGAUUGCCAAAAUCAUGGCUGACCAGGAGAAGGAGAGAGAGGUGGCACAGGCCAAGCUGAAGGAGGCUCUAAUGGAGAAGGAUCAGGUGUCCAGUGACCUCAAUGCAAUGGAAAGGUCCUUUUCAGAUCUUUUCAAAAGACUGGAGAAGUACAAGACAGUCAUCGAGGGCUACAAAAAGAAUGAGGAUACACUGAAGGCCUGUGCUCAAGAUUACUUGGCCAGAAUCAAGAAAGAGGAGCAGCGCUACCAGACUCUGAAAGCUCAUGCCGAGGAGAAAAUUGGCCAAGCAAAUGAGCAAAUUGCAGAGGUGCGUUCCAAAUUCAAGUCAGAGCUGUCGGUGCUUCAGGCUCAGCUGCGGCGUGAACAGCUCAAAACACAGUCGCUGGAGAAGAGUCUGGAUCAGAAGGAGAAAGAGGCUGAAGAGCUCACCAAACUCUGUGAUGAACUUAUCAGCAAAGUGCAAAAGGGUUGAACUUUUUUGUAAAUAUUUUUGUUAUUUUUUCCUUGUAGACUGUCGAGUUUGUCUUUUCGAUGUCUGUUCAUUGUAAAAAAUAUAUAUGUAUAAUAAAAUGACAAGUCUUAAUGUUUACUGUAAAUACUGAUCCUUUUUUAGAUCAUAGUUUACUCAUUUGGUCUUACUUAACAUUUCUCUGCAGAUACAGUAAUUUAAGUUGGCUAAUGCUCAUAUGGAGAUUUAUGCAGACUGAAUGUCUGGUGGGAUUUGGAAAAUAAUAUUUUGGCCAAAUAAAAAUGCUUUUGUCUGGA